AGUAUGGAACCCAGAACGCGUCUGUUUCUACAACCCUCUCUUGACAAGCGCACAGCCUCCACUCCCUGCACGCACAACGCAAAGGACGACGACGCACAGCUGAAUACAGGAAACGGCAAGGAAAGCGUUUAGAACAGGAGCACAGGAGGGACGACGAUCAGAGUACAACCAGCUCAAAUCCUUUGGCUGACCCAUUCCGGACUUGGACCGCUUCUAACAAUGCUGUCAACCUCAUUGGCUUCGCCCUCUACAUCUCAAGGAAAGAUCCCUCUCAAUGUAGUCUUUAUCAUCGAUACCUAUCUGCCAGCUGGAUUUGACAAAGUUCAGGCUGCGAGGGCGGCUGCGUUGUUAAAACGGACGCUUACCAGGACCCUGCUCUACUUCCAGUGCAGUAUGGACCCCAAAUUCCAGUGGACAUACAUGUUCUUCAAUUCGAGAGCGCACCAGAACAUCGGACUGAUCCCGAACAGGAUACUUCAUAGUCUUACCAUGAGCACAGUCGCGAACUGUGUGGACGAAUACCGUAGGAUCGUGACACCACUGGCCGUUUCGACUUCGCCCAAGGGAAAAGGGGCCACCACUGUAGCUGGGAUAACGAGCAAGGUCGGCGGAUCGGGCACCGUUUCGCCCUGCUAUAAUUUGCGCCGCCAAUUUGUUCACUCAUUGGCAGAUUUUGGACUCGACAUUGCAUCGUACCAGUCGCCUAUGAAGUCAUCGUCCAGCUUUAUCCGCUCUCAAUCGCUGCAAAAGCACUUUCCUCCAGUCGCCAUCAGAAAUUACAUGUACGUCCUUUCCCCACUGCCUCGGACUUGGGGAGAGACAGCAUAUUUUCUGGACGGCAAGCAGCAUACACAGAAUGACAUGGGCCCACGGAGGAGCGAUAUUCUUGAAGUGCUCAAGGGGAUUAAGGACGCAUUCUUUGAGCAAGGACUCUGGGACCGGUUUCUGGACCAGCACACCAGUCUGAGUUGGAUCGACACUAGCAUGGAGAGCAACACUGAGGAGCAAGCCAAGUCAACUACACGGAUAUCCGCGACUAUGCUCAUCCGGUCAACACUGGAGCUGAUAAUAAAGGCAUUUGGGGGAUAUAUUAUACCCCAGAGUGUUAUCUGCCAGCCUUUCCUUCCGAAGGACGUCUACUCGUUCGCUACCAUCUUUCAAACAUAUCGGUCACUGCAGAUCCAUCCCGGACUAGGCGUCAAGAUGUCGAAGGACAGUUGGCAGGCACUCCCUUCCGCAUCGAUUGGUCUGCACUCCGAGGACAUGCGUCCAGUCAGGGUGAUGUGGUCGGGCGAUCUAGUCUGUUUGGAGUCACUGCAAUUUAUUUGCAGUCUCGAUGUAUCAGAACCCUUUCCAAGAUCCGCCUCAAACGAAGAUCCCAUCUCAAAUGUAGAUCCAAUCGAGUCCCUUGAAGUCAUCAAGCGAUUCCCUAGUCGAUCAUUGAGCGCCAAUUUACAUAGGAUCAGGAUUGCGAGGACUAUGACAUGUUUCCCACAAAUUGAUAAGGAUGAGCCUUGCGAGCAUGCUUUGUACCUUCUUAGAUCACUGCGAUCCAAAAGCGAUGUCCUGCUUCUUCAAAUCACAUUUGCGUGCAUGCCUGCCUGUGAGGACCAAAAGGAUUCAGAUAAGGACUUGGGACCCCAGACAUAUACCUGCCAAGCACUACUGCACCCAACCGCCCCAGGAAGCGGUAUUCUGCAAAUUCUUGAGGAAGGAUCAGAUCUCAGCAACCUCGGUUCUGUAACAGCGGUCUCGAACAACAAAUCAAGGCCAUUCACUAUGGCGAUGAUGGAAAAGUCGUGGGGUAGACUGGGUGCAUUUGCAGAUCUAGCUAGCAAGCGCCGUGAGAAGCCGCUGUAUCGUCUUGACGACAUGCCGCAUUGCCUAAUGUCUCGUCCCAGACUGCAGCAAGUGGCUCCGGACACUUUCUCUGACAGUGUCGUAGAUCCAAGAUCAUCGGUCUCGAGACCUUUGCCUGGCCAGUCCGUAGCGGAGAUGGAGGCUUCUUCCUUUGAGAUCGAAGCCCCAAAGUCCAUUGAUGGCCUAUGCCUCAAGAUUCGCAAUGCCUACAUCAAACAUCUAUAUCAUAAUGAGUUUACUGUAACAGACUACGUCAAGCGCUUGAACGCGGCUAGCAAAGAAAUCACAGCUUUAGCAGCUAAGCAGUCGGUUCCUUUAAAGGAGGCACAGCAAAGCCUUGUAGCAUUUAUGAUUGAGUUUUUGAGAAUAUGGCCUACAAGGAUGGGAUCGAAGCACAAACAGAUCGCGAAAGAGUUGAACACUGGCAAAAUCAACGAGUCAAAGUCGCAGGACCAUUAUGUCAUCCUUAACGACGAGCGGCCUGAGCUCGAUGCCUGGAAGGCUAGUGUCAUGAAGAGUGUCAACGAUGCGGACAUUCGGGCUCACCUGAAAAAAUUGAAGACCAAGGACAUACAGAUUCAAGUUGUUCAGAAUCUGCAUGUGCUCCUACUGAUCGACAAGUAUGGUCUCGAGGAAAAUAAGCCCUUCAAGAAGGAUCCAGGAGCCCUCAAGACAGUCAACCUCUUUAUGGAUGAGCUGUGCAUUGAGGCCAGCAUUGACGACCGCCCUUCUGGACUAAAGAGCCCGCAGACGCCAAGGAGCAGGGACAUGGACGCCGCCAAGAAAUUCUUCACUCGAGUUGUAACGAAGUAUUAUGAACUGUCGCUGCCCAAGAUUGUCGACAAGCUGUCGAUCAAAUGCGGUGUAGAGAAGACCCUACUGAGCUCUCCAAGGCCAUCACGGGGCGCGAAGAGAGAAGGUAUCAAGAGAUCUAUUUCAAUGGGUAUCCUCCAGCGACCAAGCCCUUUGGAUUUCACCAUGGCAAUGAAGGACGGGGGGGACGAGUUGACCUUGAGCAGGGCUAGCAUAUCUGUUGAAGGAACUGCCCUGAAACAUGGUUUUCCGGCGACUCGGCAGUUGACAUCCGAAAAGCCCACACGAAAUGUAUUAAACAACUCGAUAUUCAGGAACCGGCAAGUCGUCAUGACGUUGGGGUCAGUGAAGGGCGUCCGGCCCGCGCCAUCUACUAACCCUACGUCGACAACUACUAAAGAACAGGCGGCACCAGCACAAUCGCAGACAGGACUCCAGUGUUCCACCUCUAUGAACACUACGGAUGAACUGGAAGAGGAGGAUGGUCCGCCAAAAUUGGCCAAACUCAGGCUGAAAAAGUUUUACCACGACAAGGAGAGCGAAGAGGUCCUGAAAGCGACAGAGACCCCUUUCGAAAGCUGAUCAGUUUAGCACUUCUGUCGCUAUGAAUCCCGGACACAGUGGGGACGGCGAGAAUAGUGAAGAGGAUCUUGGGGCACUUGGGCAGUAUCUUGAUCGGAAAGGCACCACGUCCUGGGGUGUUAUCAAAAGCGUGAGCACGACCAGUAGGCAUAGCGAAAUUCUCAAGAGUCCGUCUAGUGGUGCGGCACAGAGACGUGCCCCGUCGAUGAAGCGAAACACAUCGCCUUCUAGACACUCUAUUCCACUGACAUCGCUGUCGCUACCCAUGGAUUCGAUCGUGCCAUCCACACCCAUUGCCAGUCAGAAAUACAGCUAUGAUGUUGACGAUUUGCAAAGGACGCCGCAAACACCGUCUGGAAGGGUUCA